UGAAGCCAUCAAAGAAAUGGACGACGCUUGCAUUGGGUAGAACAAAGCGCCUGAUGUGUUAAUUGGUUUGCGUAAAAUUGGCGGGAAAUUUCCUUGCUCUAUGAUUCAACGAACAAAGACCAGUAAAAUGGAUAAAAGGGGGCAGAGCUGGCCCUCCAGAUCCAUCUUGCUUGAACGCCACCGUCAUCAUCAGCAUCGCCAUCUUCUGUAUCAACGUUAUCAGCAUAACAUCGUCUAUCAUCAUGGCCCAGAAGUUUUUCGGCCCCAACUUUGACGCUGAGGAGGAGUGGGCGAGACUGGAGGCCCCCGUGGCUGACGAGGGCCCUAUGUGGGGACAGGUUGUUCCUCCGCCCGCACCGCACGCAUCACCCAUGUAUCCUCCCAGUUGGGAAAUGGAUAUGGAACAUGUCGAAUUGUUCGGAAUGGAGGAGGUGGAAGUCAUCGAUCUGACCUCGCCGAUGACAACGACGACGUGUUUCUGCCGCCGUCUCCACCCGUCGUCCUGGCUCCCACUCCAAGCCCGGCAGUCAGCCCAUUACUGGACAGCCCGGCUCCGGUGAUGCAGCGGUCUCCACCCGUCGCCCCGGCAAGCCCAGCCAUGGACCCCGCGCAGGAGCCACCAGUCGCCCCUCUACAUAAACCGGCCCCCGUUCCAGUCGCCCCACCCAACGAGGAACUCUUCACGGAGGCUACGAUCUGUCUGUAUACGCAUGUAGCAAUGUUCAUUAAUUUAAUGUUUCCUAGUUUUAUUGCGGGCAGAUGUGGGGGGUGUGCCAUCGACCACCCCUCACAAACCCAAC